AUGGCGCCUGAACUCAAGACACACCUCACUGCCCUGGUGGAAACAGUUGCCCGAACUCCAUCUCUGCCAGCUGUGAAAAACCCCAAGUGGUCUAAGCAGGGUGAAUUUGAGGGCUGGGAGACCAUCACCUUCGCCCAGCACCUGGAAGAUAUCGAGAGGGCCGCUCGGUACUGGAGCAAUGAGUUCUCGAACCAAGGACUGAAGGAACGUGACACCGUUGCUAUUUGGGUCAAGGGUCUGUCAUAUAUUGAUUUCCUGCACAUAUGGGGCAUCACGAGGGCCGGAUAUGUUCCUGUUGCAGUCUCUCUCCGGCUUACAAGUAUCAGCCUUGUCUCGGACCUGGUCCAAAAAGCGGGUGCCAAGGCUAUAGUCUACGAGGACUCAGUCUUUCCAAACCUCGAUAUGGAUGUCAUCUGCCUGCCUGCGGUUGAUAUUCUCUCCGUCCAAGUCGAUCACCUGUCACUCCCUGAGUUGUGGAUCCCAACACAAGAUGAUGACAUUAUCCUCAACUAUCAUUCUACGGGAUCGACAUCGGGAAUCCCCAAGCUGGUUCCAGUGACCGCAAGGUGGCUUGACUUUGGUCUUGAAAAACUCGAUAGCUGCCUGAAGGAUGAUCCCAACUCGGAGAAGCAACAAGUCUUAGCCGUCAACGGGAGCUUUUGUCAUCUGUCCGGAACUCUGUGCGCGAUGGGAAGUCAGCGUCUUGGCCAUUGCAUCGUCAUAAGCCAAGCCAUUCCUCCUACCCAAGAAGAGAUAACGACACUGGUGAACGAACAUGGGCUCACUCGUCUUUUCAUGUUUGCUAGUUUCGUCACAGGCAUGGUCCGAAAAUCCCGUACUGAUCCCGCCACUCUCUCGCUCUUGCAGGGCCUCUCCCUAGUAUUCAGUGCCGGGGCUCCGUUGGAUCCAAGAGAGGAGGCAUGGGCGCGGGAGCAGCGUGUUACCUUGAUCGAUGUCUAUGCAAGCACCGAGGCUGGAGUCAUGUUGUCAACAGCUCAAGGCGAUGAUGCGAAUCCUGCAUAUCUGCGACCCGUUCCGGGGACCAAGUAUAGGUUUGUCGCUGAAGAUGGCCCAGCACAAGACGAUUCACCCGGGGAGAAAUUGUUGGAGUUAAUAAUACCUCCCGAGUCGCGUGAUUGCCCACAUGUCUCUCUUCGGAAUCCGACGACGGGGGAUUUCCACACUGGAGAUCUGUUCGUCGAGCCGGCCCCAGGCCACUACGUCUACAAGGGCCGCAACGAUGACUGGAUCAAAAUGAUGGUUCCUCUCCGCUGUGAUACAAAAUCUAUUGAGGAUAAUGUCAUGGGCCUAUGUGGAGCAGACGUAGUCAGCGCGGUGGUGUGUGUUGGUACAGGAAGACCAUCUCCUGUCCUAAUUGUUGAGCCGCUGACGGAUGCAACUUCGGAUGCGUCCCUGAAUGAAGAAAUUUUACGCCGCAUCACCCCCUUCCAUGAAAGGAGGUAUGAUCAUGAGAGAAUCGAGAAUGCAAAGCACAUUCUGGUUGUUCCAAAGGGAACUCUCCCCAGGACAGCCAAGGGUGGCUUUCAACGACAGGCCGUUGAGCGAACCUUCAAAGUGACCCUGGAUAAGCUCUUUACCUAG